AUAAGAAAGGCGGUGCCUACUGCACGGGACUGGGGGGCGGAGACAGGCUUCAAGUGUCAAUGUCAAAGAAGCCUGGAUAAUUUUUUUAAUCCAUUCUUCGGUCUACUGAUCGAGGUAUAAUUCAAGAGGAAGGAGGGUCCCACGGCAGCUCAAACAUUAACAACUCGGAACCGGACUUCAUAUUCAAGUGGUUUUAAGGAGGCAGGCAGGAUGAACUCUCUUCCUGGAAAAACUCUAUUGUCGCUAUGCAGACGCACUUCAAAUGGCGCGCUCAGGGUCUAUGGGGCCUCUGGUGUAACCAGCCCCGCGGACAACACCUGCCCUGCAGCCGCCACCAGGGCUUGUCACAGCGGGACGAGCCGCAAAGGGAGCGUGAGCACCAAGAAACGAGGCUAUGACAUUACCAGAAACCCGCACCUGAACAAGGGGAUGGGCUUCAGCCUGGAGGAGCGCCUCCAGCUGGGGAUCCACGGCCUGCUGCCUCCCUGCUUCCUCUCCCAGGAUGUCCAGGUGCUGCGUGUGAUGAAGAGCUAUGAAACGCGAAGCAACCCCCUGGACAAGUACAUUCUGCUGAUGACUCUCCAGGACAGGAAUGAGAAGCUGUUUUAUCGUUUGUUGACCUCAGAUAUUGAGGAGUUUAUGCCCAUUGUUUACACUCCCACGGUGGGGCUGGCCUGUCAACAGUAUGGCCUGGCAUUCAGAAGGCCAAGAGGGCUUUUUAUCACAAUACACGACAAAGGCCACAUUGCCAGCGUACUCAACUCAUGGCCUGAAGAAAACAUCAAGGCCGUUGUGGUGACGGACGGCGAGCGCAUCCUCGGUCUGGGCGACCUGGGCAGCUACGGCAUGGGCAUCCCCGUGGGGAAGCUGGCCCUGUACACGGCCUGCGGGGGGGUCGAACCCCAGCAGUGUCUGCCUGUACUCCUGGAUGUUGGCACUGACAACCAGGCACUACUUGACGACCCCUUGUACAUCGGACUGAAGCACAAGAGGAUUAGAGGCAAAGAAUACGAUGACCUCGUCGAUGAGUUCAUGCAGGCCGUGACGGACAAGUACGGCAUGCACUGCCUCAUUCAGUUUGAGGACUUUGCAAACAGCAACGCUUUCCGCAUCCUGAACAAAUACCGGAACCAUUACUGCACUUUUAAUGAUGAUAUCCAAGGCACUGCAUCAGUAGCUGUAGCUGGGGUCUUGGCUGCUUUGAAAAUCACCAAAAACAAGCUUUCAGACCACAAAUUUGUCUUCCAAGGAGCAGGAGAGGCUGCUCUGGGCAUCGCCAACCUGCUGCUGAUGGCCAUGGCCAAAGAGGGUGUGCCGAGAGCAGAGGCCGCCAAGAGGAUCUGGAUGGUUGAUUCCAAAGGUCUCAUCGUGAAGGGCAGAGGCAAUCUGAACCACGAGAAGGAGGAGUUUGCCCAGGAUCAUCCUCAUAUCAAGACCCUGGAAGAGGUGGUGCACACGAUCAAACCUACCACCAUCAUUGGAGUUGCUGCCAUCGCUGGAGCUUUUACCGAGAGCAUCAUCAAAGCCAUGGCCACCUUCAACGAGCGGCCAAUCAUCUUUGCCCUGAGCAACCCAACCAGCAAGGCAGAGUGCACGGCAGAGCAGUGCUACCAGCUCACAGAGGGGCGGGGUAUCUUCGCCAGUGGCAGCCCGUUUGACAAGGUGACACUGGCUGACGGGCGCACCUUCUACCCGGGCCAGGGGAACAAUGCCUACGUCUUCCCAGGAGUGGCUUUGGGUGUCAUCGCCGCCCGCGUGCGACACAUAUCAGAUGACAUCUUCCUGACUACCGCUGAGGCGAUUGCUGAAAUGGUAACGGAGGAAAACUUGGCAGAGGGGAGACUCUAUCCCCCUCUUAGCAACAUCAGAGAGGUGUCUUUCAAGAUCGCCGUCAAGGUGGUGAACUACGCAUACAAACACAACAUCGCCUCGAUCUACCCCGAGCCCAAGGACAAGGAGGCCUUCGUGUUGUCUCACAUCUACAGCCCAGACUACGACUCCUUCACCCUGGACUCCUACAGAUGGCCCGAGGAGGCCAUGAACAUGCAGGACGUGUGAGGGACACUCCCCGUCUCCCCUAGGCCACCCCACUGCCCAGGCCGACUGAUGGGCUUCACAGGCUGCGUUAUCAAUAGUUACAUGCAAUCUAUAUCUGUGGGCGCCCAUCUCUUGCGUAAUGAAAUGACGCACAGGUUAGGACCCCAACUAUCUACUACGAAAUCUAUUCUGGAUGCUGAGUUCCUCUAGAGACCUGCCUUCCUUGUUUUUGUGUUGUCCAAUUUGGUAUUUUGAUAUUAAGUAUAGAAGUGGCUUUUCUUUAUUUUAGCUGAAUAUAAUUUUGGAUCAGCGACGGUGGAAUGCUUUGUUCCUGUACCGGGAAAUAUCAAUUGCUGCUGUAUUUGCAUGUCCUGCCAAAACAUAAUAUAAAUAUAACAAUACUCCUUGUGCUUCUGAAUAUUCAAAUAAUUACGGUUGGACUUUUUGCAAUGCGUACAUAGUUAUGGCCAAAUGCACAAGUGCUCAUAGUGCCUGCGUCCACUAUCCCCUCAGGACUGAAAUAUCUCGUAUUUUGGUGAUUUAACGGAACUGAUGUUACGUGAUCUGGGCGUAUUCGUUUCCUUUGAACACUCCUUUCAAGAAAGCACAAAAACAGCCUACAUAUGAGACAGUGGGCCGUUUCGCUUUAUUUAGUUACAAAGCUACCAGAGUUGUAAUUCCAGACCCCAUAUUGAACAGCUCACCUCCUUGGCCCUGCCUGAUGGUUGCUUGAGGUGUAUACUAUGUCGGCGUGACCCCCCCCCCCCCCCCGCCCCUCCGAGUAGGUUAUCCUAAGCCCUACUUGUUCCACUGUUUGAGAUGUUGUCAUGGUUUUAUAGUCCAAAUGAGUCCUCUUUUAUAGGUUUGUUUUGUACCGUGGCUUUCUGUCUUCUCGGCUCAGCACUCGCACACCUCGGGAAGGUUUUGUUUGUAGUUCAAAUAAGGAAAUGUUGUGACAGGAUGGAAUGGAAUGGAAAAAAUGCAAUAAAUGUUGGAAAUACAA